AUGACCUGGGAAGGUACUUACAGGACAUCAACGCCAGUCAGGGAGUCAGGGGGGAUUCAUGUGGUGCCUGAUCGGUGGGCCUCCUCUCCCACCCUUUCUUCCCUCUCCCCCCCAGAGGUAAGGCUGGGAUCCAUGGAACCAACCAUCGCCCCUCUAAAACGCACUGCAAUGCCAAGGAAUUCCUUACAUAAGCGCUGUUCCAAUGGAGCCCGCGGUCGGUUGGAACGCCGGUUGGGCAGCCAAUCACGGGCUGUAUCCCGUCACCUGGCGCGGAAUGGCGGGAGCCGCGUCCCCAGCCUAUCCAUGGGUGUGUCAUCCUCAGGUAGCAACUAUUAA